CAUUCCUGACAGCUCCCGGCAAGGAGGAAAACAUGGAACAAGAGCUCUUGGAAUAACGCCACGAACUAGCUUAUAAAAAAAAAAAAAAUGUACUCCGGAUACUUACAAACAUCUAUAAAAGCUUGAUUCCGAAGUCUUAGCAAGAUGGCAUCCCCACUAGAAAUGAACAAAACUGAAGAUGAGGGUGUGGAGCCCCUGAAGAAACACAUCCAGAACUGGCAGGACCUGCUGGUGGAGGCUCUGUACAAUAUUGCACCACUGCUAGAUCACAUGAUCGCAGCGCACGUCCUCACACAGGAGAACUACUUUGAAGUGCAGGCUGAGAGGACGCCCCAGAACAAAGCCAGAAAGCUGCUGGAGGUGGUGCAGCACCAGAUGGACGAGGAGAAAGCACUUCACUUUAUUGAGUGUUUGAAGAAGUGCAAGGAACACUACCCUCGACUGAAGGACUGGCUGACAACAGAUGCAGGAAUCAAGCGUGGACCAACAGAACAGAAGCUCCGCAAGCAGAUGAGCGAGCUGUGCCUUCGUCUCGGACACCUCGUCACCCCGAUCUCCAUGAGGCUCUUCUCUAGCGGGACCCUCUCCCAGUUCGAGCUGGAGCAGGUGCAGGCCAGCACCACCCCCUUCCUCCAGAACAAGACCCUCCUCAGCCUCUGCCUGGCCAAGGGGGAGAAGACCUGCCUGAGCUUCUACCAGGCCUUCCACAGUGAAGACAGCAUGCUGGCCAAGGAUAUUGACGAGUGUUCAUCACCCUCAUCUUUAAAAAACUGGGAUUGCACAUUUAAUCCAGUCCAAUCAGCAGCAGGUUUCCUAGCACCUACAGGCAGUCUGGACUUUUCAGUUGGACAUCCUGUACCUGUAAGCAGACCAUUUGAGUCACUGCCACCUUUAACAACAGCGAGUGCAGUGUCCUUAUCCAGCUGCUCAACAGCAGUGGAGGAAACACACCCACUUUCUGCACAGCUCCAGAAUUUGACCCUGAAAAUGGAAUAUGGGGGAGAGAUUGAGCUUCGCCGAGAAGAGAAAGAGCUGAUCAGGGAAGCUACCCGGCUGCUGGGUCUGGAACUGGGCUCUGGAAUGACCCUGAACCUGUGUGAGCUGGGCCUGGCGCUGGGCCUGCCUCGGGGUGUGGUAAGGGAGAGCCUGUUUGAGCUGGAGAGCGCUGGGGACCUGACUCAGCUUGCAGCCAUCGUGCACUGCUUCAUGGAGAAAACCCAGGACCAGAACCGACUCCUGCACAAGAUAAGCGCCUGCAACACUAAGAGGCUGAUGCUGUCUGAACGGGGGAGACUCCUACUGGAGCUGCUUCAGGAGGUGACAGCAGAUAUAAACAGCAGUUUCGAAGAUGUCUUGCAGAAGUGCCGACACCUCUUCCACUUUGUCAUGCGGGACUGCUUUGCAGAAGUGGAAGAGGACCCCUCGGGGGCGUCCUGGACUGGCCCACUGGCGACGGUGCGGCUGCUGAAGAAGAACAUCCUGGUGGACAGAGCUGUGAUACAGGAGCUGGAGGACUGCUGGGGUGAGGAGACAGCAGAGAGCUACCAGCAGAGUAUCCGUAUUCUGGCCCAGCUCUUGAGAGACCUCUUCCCUCUCCUGGACUCUGCGGAGUUUGACGGAAACCUGCAAGGGGAGAUCUACCGCUGCAAGCCACGGCGACUCCACAGGGUCACAAAGUUUAAAGGACUGCCACCCAGAAUGAUUCACAGGGUUCUCACUCGAGAAGGUGCCCACUCCGUGAGCAAGGAUGCCACUGGCUCGGUAAACAGAACUGCGGUUACAAGGCAGUAUAAAGACAUUUGCCUCAGGGUGGCCAAUCUGCUUGCUAAGGUUUCCACAGAGGGGAACAGUAAAGACCUCAUGCAAGCCGAGAUAUCGGAUAUAGUCCGGGAGAUUCAGUUAACCCUUUCCAAACCAGAGUUUAGCUAUGAUUCCUUUGAUGCUGGUGUUAAGCUCAGGAUUCUUUCGCUGGUUGAGUUUGAUCCCAUCGCCUUGGAUAUCCCAGCCUUAAUCACACUUCACUGGAAUACAGUCUCAGUCCUUGCCAAGUACUUGAAGACCAGUGACAGGCACGCUUUCCAGUUCAACAUUGAAUACGUCCGCAUGCAGCAGUGCUUGGCUUCCCUUCAAGGAAUAUGCAGCGUCCGCGAUCCAGUCACCAUAGACGAUGGGGUGGAAGAAGUAUUUUGUUUCUUGACUUCAGGACCAGCUUUGUUUCUGGUUUGUCUGCAUUGCAGGGGCUACAGAGAUGACAAAUAUUUUAUGUGCAAUGAGCCGCUCUGUUUCCAGGUAUUCGGCCUGCCGGAAACUGCAAUGCAAGAGGUGGAGAGCUCCGGAGGAAAGGUGCUGACUGUAGAAAAAGGGAAAAUAUGGCUCCGGGAGGAGGGUCAGGAGGGAUUAAAAAGCAGGCUGGAGGCAGUGAGUCAGAGCCACUCCGCGCUGCUGCAGGAAGGAAGCUGCUGUUUUUUGGUCAAAUCCUUCAGCACGGAGUGCGAGGUCAAGUUCACGUUCAAGAACAACAAAAUCACAGCUACAGCAGAAAAGAACUCGGAAGUUCUAUAAAGCCGUGUUCUGUUACUGGAUGAAAACAGAACUUUAUUCCGUUAUAAAAGCCCAAGUUUCAACUGAUCUAUGGAAGCACGUCCAGACCCAAAAAGUGUUAAUAUACCUGUGAUACUGUAAAAAAAAAAAAUUUGACUCAAGAGUCCAUCUUUGUGACAACACAUAUAUAUAUAUAUAU